UGUUACUCUGAUGAUGCAUUAUAAUUAAAUAUGUAUAACCUUUUCAAUAGGGCGGAUUUGAUAUGAUCUGCAGUGGAAGGGAUAAGAUUGAAACACCAGAGCAGUUCCAGCAAGCUGAAGACACAGUCAACAGACUUGAUUUGGAUGGACUUGUUGUCAUCGGUGGUGAUGAUUCAAACACAAACGCAUGCCUCCUCGGUGAAUACUUCAGGGGAAGGAACUUGAAGACUCGUGUUAUUAGUUGCACAAAGACUAUUGAUGGAGAUCUAAAAUGCAAGGAGGUCCCAACAAGCUUUGGAUUUGACACUGCUUACACUUAACAAAGUUGAAAGUAAUCUAGUCUACCAAUACUGUUUGUUACAGCAGAUAACUCCUGUAUCAGAGUGGUAUUCAGAUCUUUAUUAAUUGAAUUAUUAAGUACACGUAGAGAGUAUUAAAAUUUUGUUGGCAGAUUUCUUAGCUAGUUUCUUGGUCUUAGAGUUCACAAAAGGGCCCAGCAAACCUCUGCAACAUACUAACCACACCUUAUGCAAAUUUAUUUUUAAUUGUAAGUGAUUACUUUAGGAGAAGGGACUUGUUAAAUGUUCUAAAUUUUAUUGAUUUUUUCUAU